CGUUACUUCGACUUCAGUUAUGAACGAUCCGGAACGAUACGCCAAAUCGAAUGGUAUGCCAUACCACCAUGUAAAUGAUUUAAUCAAAGAAUUCGCCGAGGAGUUCAAAGAAAUGCGUGGACGCAUUAUUGACAUUGGCUGUGGCCCCGGGAACGUAACCAGAGAAUUACUCCUUCCAAGUGUGAACAAGGAUGCCGUGAUCGUUGGUGCUGAUAUAUCUGAGGAUAUGGUGGAACACGCGAGGGAGCAUUAUAAACUGGAAAAUAAACUGAGCUUCCUUCAGUUAGACAUUGCAACACCCAAACUGUCUAACAAUUUGAUCGGACAAUUUGAUAACGUCGUAUCGUUCUAUUGCCUCCAAUGGUGUAGGAAUACGAAGCUCACGAUGGAAAACAUCUACAAGCUCCUUCGACCGGACGGCAAAGCGAUCAUUCUACUAGUUUCGCAGUAUAUGAUCUACGAUAUCUACUUGGAGCAGCAGAAAGAUCCAAAAUUUGCGGCCCAUAUGCAUGAUUGUCUGAAAUUCAUUGCCCCCCACCAUGGCUUCUCAAAUCCGGAGGAGAUGCUGAGAGAAGAUUUGGAAGGGGUUGGAUUUGAAAUACUGCACUGUUCUAACAGGUGGAAAACUUUUACUUAUUCAAGUUUGGAUAAUCUGUCAAAUUCAAUGGUGGCUAUCAAUCCUUUUUUGAAACGCAUGCCUGAUGAUCUCAAAGAAGAUUACAAAAUAGAUUUGAAGAAGAGGAUCCAGAAUGAAUACGUCCCCCAAAAAUCAAUUGAGAAUGACAAUAACUGCAAUAUCGAGGCUCGCAUCUCACUGCUGACAGCGAUGUUCAAAAAACCUUCUACUGAAGUAUUGGAUCAAGUGAAUGGGACGGUAUAUCUUGAAAAAUGGCACGGUACACAGAUUAAGUUUCAAUUUAUUCUUCAGUCUGAAGUUGCAAUUAUAUCGAAGUCGUAUCAGACAACUAAGAAUGAAGAAUUGAAUUGUAACAUCUCUUCGACAAAUAAAUCCGUCGCUGCAGGCAAACGGUCGUCAUUCGUUAUUCACUCGGUUAAAACAAUGGAACCUCACCAUCAGAGUGACGAAAAUGAUGGUACCAAGCGCCGCAGGGAUCCUCAGAAAUACCUCACGGUAAACAAGCUGCAGUAUGAAGGAAUUGCCGAAUUAGUCGGAGAAUUUUCAGACACGUUGAAGAACAUGCAUGGACUGUGUCUUGAUCUCGGGUGCGGCAGUGGCAUUCAAAUGAAAGAUCUCAUCCUACCAAACUUAGCGAAUGAUGCUCGUCUUGUUGGUGGUGAGGAGUCCGAACAAAUGACAGAAUUCGCCAAGAAGUGCUGUGAGGGGGUGACAAGAGUAUCUUUUACAACAAUCAAUAUUGGAGAAAUGAGAAUUCCGAAUACGGAAAUUGAAAAAUACAAUAAUAUCAUAUCAUUUUAUUAUCUACACACUUUUCACAAUACUCAACGAACAACGAGAAAUAUAGCUAGGCUGCUCGCGGCAGGAGGCCAGGGACUUGUCAUGUUCCUCAGUCAUCACGACGUGUACGAUCUGUACUUGGAGUAUCAAUAUCAUCCCAGCUACAAGCAAUACAUGGAGGAUAUAUUUCACCAAUUACCUCCUCUGUACGGAUGCCCUAGCGCUGCAAACACAGUGAAGGAUGAGCUGGAGAAAGCAGGCUUAAAAAUCAUCACGUGCACUGACAAAGAGCUGACUUUCGUCUACGACAGCAUGGAAGACGUUGAAAACACUUUAGUGAUGACGGAUCCCUUCAUCGAUCGAAUGCCGAAUGACGUUAAGAAGCUGUACAGAAAAGAAAUUACCGAACGCUUUUCAAAAAAUAAAAUGAAAGAUGGAAAAAUUGUAGAUAAAUACAGAUUGGUGGUGGCACUAUUUCAUAAAUGAAGUAUGAAAUUAAACAAGAUAGUCUGUGACUGCGUAUGUUAUGAUUUAAUUUAAAUACGUAAUAAUGUUCUAAGAAUUAUUCUAUCGGUAAUGGAUUAUUCCAUGUGACAAAUAUUUGUCAUUUUUGUUCAUUCGUCAGUAAUGCUUUUCGGCUGUAAUACCGUUGGGUUUCAGUGAUGUAACAUGUAUGACAUUCAGACUUGAAGUCGAGUAGUAAUGGAAAUGGGGAGAAAAAUGCUGAAACUGGACUCCACGGAAGAUUAGAGUAAUAAAAUAAAUAUCUUUCUCUUUGGAUCAGAAUCUUA